AUGAAGGACCUUGGUGAUGCUCAAAAGAUUUUGGGUAUUAAUAUCCAUAGGAACAGAAAGGAUUCUGUACUUGUGCUUCACCAGGAACCAUAUGCGCUUAAAAUUCUGCAUAAGUUUAACAUGGUUGCUGCUAAAACUGCCUCUGUGCCUUUAGCUGUUCAUUUUAUGUUGAGUAAGGUUUUGUGUCCUAAGUCUGAGUUUGAUAUACAUGUUAUGAAAAAGGUCCCUUAUGCUAAUGAUAUAGGUUCUGUGAUGUACUUGAUGGUUAGUACUAGGCCAGACAUUGCUUAUGUUGUUUCUUGCUUGAGUAGAUACAUGUCAAACCCUGGACCUGUGCACUGGGAGGCCUUGAAAUGGCUCCUGAGAUAUCUGAAACAUACAUCUAAGUAUGGUCUGUGUUUUUUAAAAAGUGAUGAUGGUAUAAACCGGUGUGGUUUUGUGGAUUCAAAUUAUGCAAAUGAUAGGGACAUGAGAAAGUCCACCACUUCUUAUGUGUUUACUGUUUGUGGUUCUUGUAUAAGCUGGAAAUCCCAACUGCAACACAUAGUAGCCCUUUCUACUAAAAAAAUCAGAAUAUAUAGCUAUCACAGAGGCUAUGAAGAAAGCAAUUUGGUUAAAGGGAGUUCUAUCUGA